UUCAGUGUUUGGAGAAUUUGGUGAAUAAGUGAAAAGCUUUGUACGAGAUGUUCUCUCUCCCUCAAGGCUUCACAUCCACCAAAUGCUGUUUUUUUCACAAAUUCAGACAGUGAUCACCUCUCCGUCCAAUGUGACGAACCCACCUCAGCUCUAAUCAAGCAUUUCCAUACCUGCAGUACUCAUCUUCAAUUCACCUUUGCUUUGCCCUUCGGUUUCAGCCGCUGCCUUACUCUCUCACUCAUGAUCUGACUAUAAGAUUGAGCUGUUACCGAAGUUCUCCCAAGCACUUCAAAGAAAAUUUCAGCUAUGAAUUCUCUUGGUCUAGAUGCUUCCUCCACGGGGGAGAGUCGCCGAGUCGAACCAACACUUCGGCCGGAUGAUUUCAUAUCUGCUAUUCCCGAUCCCCCAAGUCCUUGGAAGGAGCUCAUGGGUUCCUUUAAGCACUCCAUCUUCCCUUAUGGAAGCUUCUCAGCAUUUAAGAAGCAACCUGUGUCAGGUCAUUUUCUUUCAGCCAUGAAGCGACUGUUUCCCAUACUUGUAUGGUUGAGAAGUUAUGAUCUAAAGUUGUUCAAAAGGGAUAUUUUGGCAGGACUUACACUCGCUAGUCUCUCCAUUCCACAGAGUAUUGGUUAUGCCAAUUUGGCAAAGCUGGAUCCUCAGUACGGCCUGUAUACAAGCUUUGUACCACCUCUGAUUUAUGCUGCAAUGGGAAGUUCUAGAGAGAUUGCUAUUGGACCUGUUGCAGUUGUGUCCAUGUUGCUGUCAUCACUGGUACAGAAAGUGAUAGAUCCUUAUGAGAAUCCCUCUGUUUACAGAAAGCUUGUCUUUACUUCUAUUUUUGCUGGUUUGUUCCAGUUAACAUUUGGAUUUCUUAGGCUUGGCUUUAUAAUCGAUUUCCUUUCCCAUGCUGCAAUUGUUGGGUUCAUGGGAGGUGCUGCCAUCAUGAUUGGCCUUCAGCAACUCAAAGGACUGCUUGGCCUGCCACAUUUCACCAACAAAACUGACGCAGUUUCGGUGGUGAGGGCAGUGUUGUCCUCACUAGCUCAUGAUCAAUGGCGUCCCUACAGCUUCUUCAUCGGCUCCACGUUCCUUAUCCUUAUUCUGGUGGCAAGAUACUUGGUGAAGAGGAACAAGAAGUACUUCUGGGUGGCAGCCAUUGCUCCUCUGGUUUCUGUCAUACUGUCGACUAUUCUCGUGCUUUUGACUAAAGCAGAAGAGCAUGGGGUCGUCACGGUGAAAUAUGUGAAAGGAGGGAUUAAUCCAAGUUCAGUUACGCAGCUAAGUUUUGGAAGACCUUAUGUUUCUGAAGCAGCCAAGAUCGGCUUAGUAUCUGCAAUCAUUGCCCUCACGGAAGCCAUUGCUGUGGGGAGAUCAUUUGCCGCUAUCAAUGGCUACCAUCUUGACGGGAACACGGAGAUGGUGGCCAUGGGCACCACCAAUAUCGUAGGGUCAAUGACCUCCUGCUACGUUGCUACAGGUUCUUUCUCUCGAACAGCCGUGAAUUUCAGCGCAGGCUGCCGGACAGCAAUGUCCAAUGUAGUCAUGUCUAUCACAGUGCUGUUGUCGAUGGUGCUCCUGACUCGGCUCUUGUAUUACACUCCCAUAUCAAUCCUUGCUUCAAUCAUCCUCUCUUCCCUUCCAGGACUAAUCGACAUUGCAGAAACAAUAAGGAUCUUUAAAAUUGAUAAACUUGAUUUCCUUGCAUGCAUUGGUGCUUUCAUUGGUGUGGUAUUUGCUUCCGUCGAGAUUGGCCUUCUAGUUGCGGUAUCUAUUUCUUUGGGAAAGAUUCUUCUGGGUUCCACACGACCCAGAAUAGACAUACUUGGACAGGUGCCAGGAACCAACUUUUUUUGCAACACGAAGCAAUACCCAUUUGCACUCAAACUUCAGGGGGUCGUCGUAAUACGGAUCAACACAGCUUUCCUAUGUUUCUUCAACGCUCGAUAUACUGAGGAGAGGAUUAUGAGAUGGGUUGAAGAUGGAGAAUUGACAGAGGGAAAAUGUCUGCAAGCCUUGGUAUUGGACAUGUCAAACAUAACAAGUAUUGAUUCAAACGGGAUUGUUACCCUGGAAGAACUUCACAAGAGGCUGGCAUCACUUAAAAUACAGGCAACUCUAGCCAACCCAGGGUGGGAGGUGAUACAUAAGCUCAAACUGGCCAAGGUUGUGGAUAAAGUUGGAGGAGAAUGGAUCUUCCUUUCAGUUGCUGAGGCAGUAGAUGCGUGUUUCAGCACGAAAAAGAGCAUGGUUUAAGUCUUGCGCCUUCAUUUCACGGGAAGCCCCCUAACAACCUGAAUCUAGGAAAUAAGUUAUAUCUAUUGAUUCUCCUGAAACUGAGAUAUGAAAGGAAUCUUCAUUCCUUUGCAGACAACGACCACAGGGAUACAUCAAAAAUACAGAUGUCUAAGCUCAAGGUGUUGCAUAGAAACCUACCUAAUCCAUAAGUACUUGAUUGUACAUUGAUCUAAAAUGGCUUUUAUGGCGUUCCUCAUUUGCAACCAUCAUUUCUCCACGUGAUAGUCAUAAAAAUAUUGCAACAUGUUACCAGUGUUGUAUUAUUGCAUCGUUUCUAGUGGUACAUGCAUGCAUUGCCAUCAUUUCGGCUGUAAAUGUAUAUCUACACGCGAGAGAGGUAGAGAUGAGUACUUGAACGGGGGCCAAGGAAGAACCAGAUGCAAUGGGCAGAGGCUAAGAUGAAA